ACUAGAGACUGGGCGAUAUGAACUGUCAUUUCGUGUAUCUUUUGUUCUCUUGAAAAAGUGGAUUCAAUUAAGUUUCAUUUAUAGUUUAAAAACAAAAUUGUCGAAAACAAGAUUGAUAGAAAAAGUAGAUACUGUAGAGCGAUCAUCGCAAUUGCAUAGGAAAAACGAUAUAACAAAAAUACUUAAAAUAUGGCCAUAACGGUUGGACAACUUAUUAUGGAUGCCCAGAGAAUGGCGAGUCGAGUAAAAGAAUUGGACGCCCUGAGUAGUGCCCUACUUGUGGAGGCCGAAGGUAAUAAUCGCUACGUUGAAAGUCUGCGCCAAUUUCAAGACGAAAUGGAUUCACUUAAUCGAAUUGCAAAUAAUAAGUCGAAUGUGGAGAUGGUUAAUCGCAUUCAGCAGCAGAAUGCCAACAGCUCUGAAAUACUCAAGGAAAACCGAGAGCUGAAGGUCUGUAUUGAGGAUUACGAAAGAGCUAUGGAUUUGAUCAUGCAGAAGUACAGAGAACACACCAGCAGCAAGGUUUUAGAAAGCAAAUUGAAUUUCAAGGAAGUUUACAAUGAAAAAUUGUGGAAAAUUAUUCGCGAGCAAAGGGAGAAGAUCAAUGAGAUGGCCGCUGUAAUGCAAAGAGCUGCUUCUAUUGACGACGACUGCGAUUUGGAGUUGAUUACACGAUUGCGAUUGGAAAAUAAGACGCUACGGGAAUUGCUGCAAAUAUCGAAACAAUUCGGAACAUAUAGCCGGCCCAUACGCAUAAAUGAACAUUUGUUGGAAGAAAAGGGCGUACAAACAGAAUAUGGAGCGGAUGACUCUGCCGAUGAACUUUCUCUAUCGGGAGCCUCAAUCGAGAAUGCAAAUAACAAUUCGGUUAUUCAAUUGGAUACAAGAUCGACGUCGCCAAAUUUGGCUAUACACGGCACAAAUACGGAAAAUUUGAAUACGGAUAAUGCGGCAUUGCUCAGUUCACAUCCGAUUGGGGAUGUAGGUGAAAAUAAUAAUGUGACACCUGCCAUAGACGCAGUGCAUUCAACGACUACAACAGUUGUCGUUGCUGCCACUGCCUCAACUGAGGAAAACAAAUUGUCAUCCACCACCAACGCUGUGGACCACAACAAUCCAAAUGCUUCUGCUGGCAUGGAAGCUAACACAAUCAACAAUGCUUCAAACACUAUUACUAAAACUCUGCCCUCUAAUUCGAAUACCAAUAGCGUAGCCGCAGCCAGUGCAACAUGAUGCUGUGUGACUUCUCGUUAAUUAAGAAACGAAAUGACAUUAAUUUUUGUCUACAUGAAGAUUGAGAAAUUGUUACACCAAACAUUAUUAUAUCCUUACCAAUACCUAUUUUUAUUUCCGUUGCGUUUACUAACAUCCUCACAUACUACUUUUCAACAUUGUAAAUUCAAUUAAACACAUUAAUUAGAAAAAAUAUUAAAAUAUUUUUAUACUUAAACUAGUUGUCUUUUAACAUGAAACCCAGCUCACAAACACCUCAUUGUCAUUUCUAUCGUCACAUCGCAAUCACGACCCACUAACAAAUUCUUCAUAUUUUAUACUCCACACAAGCACAUGUAUUUAACAUUACUUAUUACUCAACACCUACCUAAUAACAUACACAAAGUUCACAAAGAUAUAUUUAUCUAUUUAUUUAAAUUAAUUAAGAAAGAAACCGAACCGAACAAACUGAUAUCGACAUAUGUACUAGUACAUGUGUAUGAAUAAGUAACUAAAUCUGCUACGGAGAAUACUAACGCCUGAUCAGUACUGAUCUACUUUUUUGGCCCCCAAUCUCUCUUCUGUUCAAAUACACCAUUCUAAUAACAGGGAAUGUAAAUCUAAAUUCUGUUAACUACAUUCAAUGGUUAACGAUUAAUAAAUAACACCUAAAGCAUUACUUAUAUACCAAUAAAUAAAUAUAUGAACAUGUAGAGUUCAGUUAAUUUGCGAAGCAAAGACAACACAUAAACAUUCUAAUGUCACCCAUAUAACACUUGUAGAAUGUAUAUUAUAAUAAAACAAAAAAAUAGUUCAUAUAUGUAUGUAUACAAUAAACUGGA